AUGGCCGAGGAGAGGCAACCACCCGCCAUCGUCGAGGGCGCCACCGCCGGCGACGUCGAGGACGAAGUCACAUCCACCGCAAAGUCUGCCGAGGACCGCAAGGCCGCUGCUGCCCUCGCCAAGCUCGAUGCGCCCCGCGGUGACGACGAUGCCGGCCCGUCCAAGGACGUUGACCAGGAAGGUCUCAAGAGCGCCAUGAACCGCCUCGGCGGCGCUGCCAAGAAGCCCGAGGAGAAGAAGGAGGUUAAGAAGGUCAAGGUCGAGGCCGCCGAUGUUGCCCUGCUCGUCGACGAGCUGGACCUAUCAAAGCCUAAAGCGACUGAGCUGCUGAAACAACACGAUGGUGACGCCGUCAAGGCGAUGCGCGCCCACAUUGCUGUGACAUACCGACCGUGCGCCACUGCCAGUUGA